CGAUAAACCCCUCCUUACAGCUCCCUUGAACGGUUUGGAGCUGUACAUAAGAUACCCCCAAUCAACCGUACAGCUGUAGCCAGAAGCACCAAUUCCUACCGAGGCCACAGCCAGCCCAACCGCCCCCUCCCGAUGACCUAUGAUACCGGUACCGGUAUGAUGCAGUAUCGCAGAGUGGGUCCCCCGAAGGAGGAUGACUUGAAUUGUUUGGGUCUGAAAAUGCAAACAUGGCCCUUAUUUUAAGCGAAGUGUCUGCAACUUGAUGAUGAACAACCCAACCGAAGCUCGAAAAGGGGGUCGUUCGGUCUCGGAGGAACGAUCUUUCCAGUGGAAAGGGAGCGGCCGAUUAGUUUAGCACUAUGUACAGGGGCACUCGAUGGGAUUGUUGCUCUACCGGUAGGUACUCCCACAGUACAUUUUCUAACCGCUAAGAAUCUUCAAUUGUGAGAAGGUGGAGUUGCGGUGGCACUCCGUACGUACAUACAGGUUACGUUUCGUCGGCGGAGUACCGGUAGCAGGUGAAGAGCCGAUACCCAUGCUUUCCAGAUUUUGGGUGCUCUGGCUGGCACCACUUAUUCUAGCUAGCAAGCACAGCUGCGGCAUUCCGAUAGUGUCGGAGAACGAUGUCACAGUCAGUGCUCCCAGCCAGCAGUAGUAGCUAGUUGGGCGAAGGACACGUAAAGCAAGCUCGAAUGUGUGUUGCACCAUUCCAUCAUUAAGAAAGGCGUUCAGUCGAGCUGAGUUGACGCGUGAGACCACCGUUGGAACGUUCCAGUCUGCAGCAUUCGUGGUUGAAGCAUUGAUAAUGGUGCAAUCGCACCUACAGAUCCUUCUGUCCCAGUGAGAAGAAAGUUGCUCUCCUUUUUAGUUGAGGCCAGAAACCAUAGACAAUGCUUCAAGUCACGGGAUUGGAUUCGCCGACUCUGUUUGAAAAUCUUGUCUAUUCAUACACAUGAUGGGCGCCCCAAUGCUUAGUUGAAGAAGCUCUUGUUCAUGGAACGAUUCAAACAGGCUCAGAAUUUGCUGCAGCUCUCAUGCCAAGAUGAGAGGUGUCCGAUUGCCAGGCGGCAUAUUCUGAAAGAGGACCGUUGGUGAAAGCAUUGCUUGUGCUUUUCGUCUUCUGCUUUGUUACCUCCAUUGUUGCCCUGAGUUGCGUUCAUUGGAAGAGUAUUACCACGAUCAUGAUGGUCCUUCAAUUUGCCUUAACGUUGUGUUCGGCGCUCACUCUUGCAUCAAACGGCGUCAUUGGUGCCAACAACGAAGAGUUUGGACGAGCCGCUCCAGUCAUCUUGAAGAGGAGGAGUGAUGCCAGGGCCUUCAGGUCCCACGGUGCUUCGUUCGGCUUCAACAGAAGGAAACGCCAUUUCACAGCACCUGACGAUGAUCCGAUUCCACUUAGUGAUCUAGAAUUGUCAGAGCUCGAACGAGAACUGAGGCUCGAUGAUAUGUCCCUGUCCAUGUCUUUUGAAGAUUCAGCAAAUUCUCCCUCGGCCCCUUCUACCGGCACAGGCAACUCGAACCCAAGCAAUCCUGGGAAUCCAAGCACCCCUACUUCCAUGAACAAUCCAUCGUCAACUCCGCCCCCGUCGCCUUCGGCUGCAAAUGGUCCAACGUCAUCGCCCGUGUUUAUGACCUCCCCGACGACCCUCUUCCCGACGUUUGUUACGACGACUUCAACUCAAACCCCGUCUAUUGCCGACACUAAUGCGGACACGAAUACCGACACUAUGCCAAGCGAUGGUACUUUGGACCCUUCGAAAACGAUGGCGCCAACUUUCAUUGAAGGCCCCACUGCCACGAAUAGCCCAACCUCGGAAUUGGUUCCCUCACCCGCUCCCACGUCACCGCUACCUUCCAUUACCCCAACAACGGUCUUUGAUCUUGCACCUGGAACGCGAAGUGUCGGUAUCAUCCCGCCGCCCCACGGGGAUACUACAGUUGUUCGAAUAGAGAUUGAAUACAUUGUGGAAGGCUUUGUGGAAAGCACCGAAGAGUUUGAAGAUGAUUUGGAUGGAUUGAUCUUCAUCACGUCCGUGAUGGCUGCGCUCGCUGCGAACGAUACUGGUGCCCUAGAGCAGCUGGCUUCAAAUCGUCGACUUGAGGCUGUUCCUACACUCAUGGACGGGCACAGAAACUUGCUGAGCAAUUCCUACUUUCUGCGCCCUUGCAAUGCGACGACUAUACAAGAGAAUUGCUUCAUUAUGGGAGCAGAUGUUGUGUUCAUUUUAAAUGGAGAGAGAAAUGCAGAUUUCGACGCUUAUCUUGCUUACUUGGCACUGAAUUCUGAAAUGAGCUCCUUUGAUGAUGACGUUCCGAACGUUACGCGGGUGGAGUACUUGUCGCCCUUGCCAAUUCUCCCUCCAGUUUCUUUGGAAGAUCAAGAAUCAUCUACGGAUAAUCUGCUCACCCCGGGAGGAAACAGCCUGUCUGUCAAUCCUAUAGCGGUCGGAGCGACAGUGGGUAUGUCUGUGUUUGGCCUUUUGGCGCUCUUGGCUUGGAGUCAAAACAGAAGAACGCGUGAUCGGCGCCACCAUCAGCUCGUGGAGGAGGCGUCACUUCAGCCUUCAUCAUCGAACUACGGGGGAGGCUCCCACCGGGAAGUGGUGUCCCAUCCCAUUUGAGCCCUCACUUCACUGUGAUUGUUGUACGGUGUGUUGAGAUGAUGGUACCCUUCUUCAGGCUCAGAACGGUGUCGUGGUUUUAUGCUUUGGACAGAAGCGGUGCUUGGUCCCUGCCAGCCUCACGCAAAGCUAUUCUUUGCGCAUAGUGACAAAGCGAACCUUCUAAUGACAUGUAGUAGCCAUCAAGCUUAUCCUGGG